AUGCCUCCCAUCUACUACUUGAAUCAACCACCUCAUCCCUUCUGGGACUUUGUUGCAGGGAUCGAAGAUCACCCUUUCUUCGCCCAACAGCGCCGACCUGUCCCAGCGACUCCACCACUGCAGCCCCCUCGUCCAGGGGCCGAACAGUCUCAAGCGCGAGCACAGGCUUCUGCCUCUGCCUCUGCCCAAACCAGCGAGAAAGCCAAGGGCAAGCAAUCCGAGACCAACGUCGACGACCCUCCCGAAGUCGACCCUUCAACUCUUCCAUCCGAAGGUAAGAACGUGCCGUUCCGUGGCCGUGGCCGGUUCGGAAAAGCCUUCGAAGACAAGGACAACAAAGACAACGCCGAAGAAAGCAACAGUGGCCGUCGAGGUGGACGUGGCUGUCAUGGCCAUCAUGCUGCCCACAACCCUUGGGCAGGACCGCCUCCAUUCGCGCCCCAUGCAUUUGGUCCCCCUCCAUUUGGGCCUCCUCCCUUCUUCUUUGGCCCUCAUGGCCCCUUCGGUCAGCAUGGCCCCCCGGGACACGAAGGUGCUGAAGGCCAUGGUCCCCGUGCUGGGUUCCGCGGCCGCGGAGGUUUCCAUAGAGGCCGUUGGGGACCACACCAUCAUCAUGGACCUCACUCACGCUCACCACCUCGCGGCGGCCCCUUUGCCGAUGGUCGAGCAGGUCAAGCACCCGGCUUCGACCUAGGCAAUUUCCUGAACAACCUUGGUGAGCGUCUUGGGGUCGACUUGACCUCUGCCGCUGAAGGUCUGGGACUGCGAUCCCCGCGCUCGACCGAGACCGACUUUGAGCCAAGAACCGAUAUCUUUGAUACGGCUUCGGCCUACAUCAUCCACCUUUCUCUCCCUGGUGCCAAGAAAUCCGACGUGGGCGUCGAUUGGGAUGGCGAGAAAUCGGUCGUGCGUGUCGCUGGCGUUGUCCACCGUCCCGGUGUCGACGAAGAGAUGAUGUCACGCUUGGUCGUGGAUGGUCGCAAGCGCGAAACCGGCGUCUUUGAGAAAACCAUCCGCUUGGGAACGUCCAAAGACCCUGCCAACGUUGACGUCGAGGGCAUCACCGCCAAGAUGACAGACGGCGUUUUGAUCAUCCACGUGCCCAAGGUUGAGAAGACUUUUGAGAAGAAGGAAGUCCACGUCGGGGGCAGCUCGUCCCCCUCGCCCGUCCGGUUUGACGAGAGACCGGAGGACGCAUACAUGAACGAGAAAGACCUGUUAUUUGAUGCCGCCGACGACGAGGACAGGGACAUGUACGACGCCGAACCUGCGGCUAUCCCUCAUCUUCAAAACAAGGCUCCCACAAUCCAGCAUUCUUAUCCGGUGGAUACCACAAUGGGGGAGACGGCAGAAGCGAAAGAAAGGCGUCGUGAGGCUAAGGAGGAAGAAGCAUGGCGAGACCGCGACGACCGCUCCGAGACGGUCGGGUGCGAGGCUCCCCACAACGAAACGACGGAGACCCUUCCUAGGUAUGAGCCAGAGGAUAUCAACAGCCAAAGCCAUGCUCAGGCUCAACAACAACACCAGCACCAUGCCAGUGUCGAUGAGGAGGACAACUUGAGCGACUGGGAGAAAUCCGGCUCCGAGGACGAGGGCGAGUACGUCAAGAUCAAUGUCGACUAA